UUUGUUUAAACGAGGGGAGAAAAAGAUUAGAAAUAAGAAUUCAACGAGACUGUAGUUGUUUUGUCGGGAAUUAAUUAGUCAGUAGUUGUAGUUCAGUAGUUCAGUAGUGUAGUUGAGUAUAUAUACUCGUCAACAUUCUUUCUAUAUUUCUUUCUUAAAAGUGACGUAACCUUUGACUGCUAUCUGUCAGUAUUAGUUCUUAAAGUUAUAGUGUCACACUUUAAUUUGCUGUACGUCUUUAUAUUUCGUUGUUUAGCAGAAGAAUGGAAAUUAAGCAACACUAUGAGCUGCGUAACAGGAGAAUGAAAACUAAGCAACAUCACUAUGAACUGCGUAACAGGACUAGAAAGAACAGCAAAAUACAUGAGGAAAAUAUGAAAGCAAUAGAGAAGAAUAAAAAAAAAUCUAUGACAGGAAGUGUAACAAAUAAUCAGAACACAAAAACCAACAGACAAAUAUUUAUCAAUGGCUUAAAUGAAAAUAAGGAGAAUGGAUCGAAUUAUAAGGUUGAACAAAAGUACAAAGGUAUUGUACCAUGCAGAAUACUUCUCAGCAAUUGUUUAUCUAAAGAAGGAGAGAGAAAAAAUUCUUGGAGUAAACCAAAAUCUGUUCAUAAGACCUAUGAGCAAGGUGAACCGCUGAAUGUGUAUUCGAAUAUAAACCAAAUAUAUUUGCAAGCAUCACGAUAUCCUUAUGAAGCAGUUUCGUAUGUGCUAGCGAUGUCUAAGACAUUAAGGCAGUUUGUACACAAUGUUGACAGUGGAAACUCGAGAUAUGAGUUUGUCAGUUAUGAAGGUCAAAUUUCACGAAGAACAACUGUCGUUUCGAAAGAAAUAGCUCCUCACUUUCACUUGGAUAUUUCACGUGUACAUGCAGUAAAUUCUGCAGGAAAAUCAGCUCUAAACGAAAGUAUGCACGAACGAUUUAAACAUGCGAACUCAGCUCAUAUGUAUUCUAAAAGAUCCUUAAAUUUUCGUGUUAGAAAAUGGUUACGUGAAAAAAUAUGGAUGUGGAUCCUUUUGCCUUUUUUAUUGUCUUUAUUCAUGCUUGGUUCUUGGCAUAUAAUGAGAUAUUUAUUGUUCUUUCCUGCUGUUCAUGAUACAUCAGAGAAUAUGACAGAUGAGUUCUUAUCUGCUUUAAAAGUGGACAGUAAUGAAAGUAGAGAAGCUGAAGAGAAAUUAAUUGAUAGCAGUACUUUGGCUAGUAAGAUAAUAAUAUUCGAAAGGGAACAGACAUAUCUAAAGGAAUAUCUUAUAAAUAUUUCUUGUAUCUUGGAAGAUUAUAAAAGAAGACAAGUCGAUUUUGAGAAAGAGCACAAUGAAAAAAACAUCAUUAUGUCAAAUAAACUAAAUAUUAGUGAAAUAAGCGUACUGAAUAAUGAACUCAAAGUAAUUAAACAUGAAUUCGAGAAGCUGCGCAACCUUUCCGUGGAAUUAACAUUUUUUGUGAACAAUUAUACCAAGACACAAGUGGAUAAAAUCUUAUCUGACUAUUUUCCACCUAAAAUUUCGAAGGAGAAUCUGACAGAAAAUAUGCUCACAUCUCGCAAAGAUCGAGCAGUUUCGAAUGAUAAUGCCAACGAUUCGGACGCUCACAUGUCGGAGGAACAUGUUCGCAAGAUAGUGAAGGAGAUUCUACAGAUAUAUGACGCGGAUAAGACGGGUCGAGUGGAUUACGCUUUGGAGUCAGCAGGAGGUGAAAUUAUCAGUACACGGAACACUCGAGAAUACAACGUCAAAUCGCGAGCUUUCACCAUUUUCGGUUUUCCGUUGUAUUAUCAAAGCUAUGAUAAUAAUCCGCGGACGGUGAUACAGAAGAACGCGAUACAACCUGGCGCUUGCUGGGCAUUCCAGAAUUUCCCCGGAUAUCUCCUGAUACGAUUACGGAGCACUAUUUAUGUGACCGGCUUUACUUUGGAGCACGUUCCCAGAUCAAUCGUACCGGCCGGUUACAUGUCAAGCGCGCCUAGAAACUUCAACGUGUGGGGACUAACGUAUGAAAAUGAUCUCAAGCCUGUGAUGUUUGGUGAUUAUGAAUUCGUGCAUUCUGGAGAUAAUUUACAAUAUUUCCCAAUACAAAACACAGAGAUCAAGAAGCCCUACGAAUAUAUUGAAUUGAGGAUACAUAGUAAUCACGGGCAACUGGACUAUACGUGUCUAUACAAGUUCCGCGCUCACGGAAGACCCACUUAGGAAUAUCGACCCGAUAAUAUGCUGCAACUUUUCUUAAAAAAAAAUGCUGAGCAAUCAGUCAACAAACAAGCCAUAUAUGCCUUCAAUUACCAUUUAAUAUUUUAAGCUAAACACUUUAUAUAAUCCACUUCCAAUACUUGUAUAUUAUUAAAAAAAAAAUAGUGAUCAUAAUGUAAAACAAAAUCACUUAAAUAGUAUUUAAUAUAUCUUGUUUGUUAUCUCCUUAAAUGAACAGUUACGAUUUAAGGUUCUUUUUCUUGUAGUUGUAGCCUAGGGAUACAAUCCCCUCUGAUCAAUUAUUCGCCAAAUUCAUUUUUCUUAAUGUAGUCCUGUUGUAUUAAAUACUUCUAUAAACUAACUUAAUAAAACUAACCAAUAAUAUA